ACAAUAGCAGUGGCUACCGCCAUCAAAGACCUACCUAGCGAAGUGCUUGAGAUGAUUGCCAACAAUCUCGACCUUAAGGAUCUGGCUCCUUGCCGUCUUGUAUCAAAGUCUAUGUCAGAGGCCGCCAACAAUCGCUUUGCCAAAGUGUUCUUCUCACGCCGUUUCCACGUUGCUUCUUCGUACAGCGUCAAGGCACUGGUGGACAUUACUGCGCACCCAUUCUUCGGCAAACAUGUCACGGCAGUCAUCAUGGACGGCGUCCGUAUGACCAAGCACAGAUCCCGAGGCGGUCCCACACUCUGGACGGAUCCCUAUGACGAGGAAGAAGAGAUGCGCGAUGAUUCGGAAGAGGAAAGUGCCAGCAUUCUCGACAACGCCUUUGUCCGAUCAGGUCAAUGCCAAAGCCUCCUCCAAAAGGUCUUUGAGAACAUCAAAGGAUACGGCAACAGCGUCGAGGUCGGUGUCGGUGAUUGCAAGUACAACAACGGAGUCAGAAGUUUCGGACGCAAGGCGCUUCUCAAUCACAAAGUCUUGUACACCUACUUUAUGGCAGAGACGUUGGGACUCACUCUCGCAGCAGCAGAAGCGGCUAAAUGUCCUAUCCAAAAAUUACGUGUCGACAUCCAAGGAGAAGCAGGAGAAGACUACCGCCAGAAGUCUGUUCGUCUUGACAUGCGCGACAACCUGCAAGAGAUUGGAAGAGCAUCGGCACAGGGCACGGAAGAUCUGAUCAAAGAUACUCAGGAGCAGUCGAUUGAUCUGUUGAAGCAGAAAGUGCUGCUCGUGCGCUUUAACCAUGUUGAAUAUGCUGGUGUCAUCAAGAUCAUCGUGCCCAACAUCCAGACACAGGGAAGCGAGGUUUAGGUGCAGGGAAUUGAGGCCAAACAGUAUUGAAGCAAGGAGAGGAAGAUGAUGUUGUUCUCGAUGACAAAGAUGAGUACCUCGGAUGGUGGAUUGAGUAAUAAAAGAUAGUCACAGAGAGUGCAGACCUUUCAUUACUCAUUCAAACAACAAGACAGACUCUCCCUCCAUGACACUACAUCCAUUUGCCUGCUACGUUGAGCUUGUUAUGUCUGAGGAAGUAGCGACAGGCAAAUAACUAAAGGCGGAAUACCAAAAAUGGCUAACAACCAUGUGCAACUCCCUGAUCAAACUUCCUAAGCUUAUGGUGACGUUGCGUCUGAUCAGAACUCUCCGUUCAGCAGUGUGAGUGUCUCAACAUUCUUUCCCAGAACACUUGG